GGUGCUGGCGUGGAGGGCCAGGACUGCACAGACUGACGGCUCCACAGUUCCUUCCUGUAACCUAGCCCAAGGCAAGCUGCAGGCUGACCUAGGGCCUGGGUAGAGGCGUUGAGACAAUAUAGGCUUUCCUGUCUGAACAGCCAAAGUGGCAGUGGGGGUUUGAAGCAGCCGAGAAAGAAGGCAACAGGCCGCAAAUGAGGGCCAAGGAAGGGGCCCUGCAGGACAAGUGCAUGUUGUGUUUCCUCCCUCCCAGUCUCCAGGUCUUUGAAAGAAGGGCCUUGUGUUCCAGAUUUUCUGCACUGGUGAUGCCAGCUUCACCUGACUUUGGGCAUUUUGCUGAGAAGGUAGCUCCUUAUCGAGAUCAUCCAUCCCAGCCGGAAACUGAGGCUCUGUGCUCAUCGUCCAGUUGAAUUCCUUCCCACCCCACAUCCCCUGUCUGGAUCAAUACAGAUUAAACCGUGUUUUUCAAUGAUGGGGCCCUGCAGCCUUGACAGGAUGUUGUUUUUGCAAAGGGGUGCCCUCUGCAGCUUUACCAAGAGGUGUUGAUUGACUCUUGUGACUCUCUUGGGGACGAGGAGUGACUCCUCUUAUCCCACCUCCUCCAAGACCGGACUCUGUUAGGAGCCGGGGAGCCAUGCCCUGCCAGCGUCGCCCUCCAUCAACCAUCGACACCCCACGAGAGGAACUCUUUUAUCAAACCUAUUACAGCUUGAGCCAACAGUACCCCCUGAUCCUCCUCCUCCUCAUCAUUGUGCUGGGAAUCUGUGUGGCUCUCAUAACUGCUUCCUUUGCCAGCGGCAGGGAUUUCUCCUCCAACCUUGGCUUCCUGAUUACAUUAUUUGUUGCUCUGGCAAUCUUCAGCCUCAUCCUGGUCCUUGUGUGCAUUGAGAGCAUCUUCCAGAGAUGCACCCGGAUCUUCUCUGCCGUCAUCUGGACCUGCCUGAUCACCAUGGGCUAUGUUUUUGUCUUCACAGGAGGGGUGGUUAGCGCCUGGGAUCAGGUCUCUUUCUUCCUCUUCAUCAUCUUCAUUGUCUACACCAUGUUGCCCGUGGGCAUGAAAGAUGCGGUGGCUGCUGGCUUGGUCUCCUCCCUCUCCCACAUCAUAGUCCUGAGUGUCUACCUCUCGCUGGGGUACGGCUCGCAGUCCGAGCUGGCCCUGCAGCUGCUGGCCAAUCUAGUCAUCUUUGUCUGUGGGAAUUUGGUGGGCGCCUAUCACAAGCACCUGAUGGAGGUGGCCUUGGGGGAGACCUUCCACGAGACCUUCAACCUCAUCCAAUCCCGAGUCAAGCUGGAGUCUGAGAAACGGCACCAGGAGCACCUUCUCCUUUCCAUCCUUCCAGCCUACAUUGCCUUAGAGAUGAAGGCCGAGAUCAUCGAGCGACUACGGGAUGGAGGCCAGACCCAGCACCGUCACGAGAGUGCCAAUAACUUCCAUAACCUCUACGUCAAGCGCCACCAGAAUGUUAGCAUCCUAUAUGCUGAUAUUGUUGGGUUCACACUCUUGGCCAGUGAAUGCUCCCCAAAGGAGCUAGUCCUCAUGCUCAACGAACUUGAUCAGAUCGCUAAGGAUAACGAGUGCAUGAGGAUCAAGAUCUUGGGUGACUGCUACUACUGCGUCUCUGGGCUGCCCGUGUCAUUGCCCAACCAUGCCCGGAACUGCGUCAAGAUGGGCCUUGACAUGUGCCAGGCUAUCAGGAAGCUGCGUGAUGCCACUGGGGUGGACAUCAAUAUGAGAGUCGGAGUCCAUUCAGGGAACGUCCUGUGUGGGGUGAUUGGGCUCCAGAAGUGGCAGUACGAUGUCUGGUCUGACGACGUGACAUUAGCCAAUUACAUGGAAGCAGGAGGCAUACCAGGGAGGGUUCAUAUCACGGAGGCUACCCUGUCACACCUGGAUGGUGUAUAUGAUGUGGAGGAAGUUUGUUACUGGCCCGGGAACUGUCUAGACUCUUACCUGAGGGAGAACAGGAUCAAAACCUUUUUGGUCGUUGACCCCAAGGCUGAAGAAGAAAGCUCCAGUGACACUCUCUCAUCUGUGCCAGGUGAGGGCUACAAGAUGAGGGCCUCGGCCAGGAUGACUCGCUACCUGGAGUCCUGGGGGGCAGCCAAACCCUUUGCCAACCUCAAGCACCUCGACAACCUACCAGCAGAACCAGCAGGAUUUGUCCGGAGUAACUACUCAGAGAUCUCUCUGGGGUCCGUGAACCAGCAGAAGACCAUGGAACGCGGCCGUGCCCCCAAGAGCCCAGAUGAAGACCUGGAAGGCGUGGACGAGAAGUUUUUUCAACUGAUUGAACAGCUUAACUCGCAGAAGCAAUGGAAGAAGUCAAAAGAUUUGAAUCGCAUCACCUUGUACUUCAAGGAGCAAUCCCUCGAGAAGGAGUAUCGGCUCUCUGCACUCCCGUCUUUUAAUUAUUACACGGCCUGCACCUUCUUGGUUUUCCUUUCCAACUUUGUCAUCCAGAUCCUCGUGGUUUACAAGACAGAAGCACUGGGGAUAUCCUAUGGAAUUUCCUUCUUCCUCUUUUUCCUCCUCCUCCUCACCUGUUUUGCAGGUCAUUUAGCGAAGUGUUUCCUGAAAGGUCCAAAGGUCUUAUACUGGGUCCCGUCCAUUUCAACCAGCAUCUGCACCCAGCCGUGGCUGCGAGUUUCUCUGGGCAUCGUCACCAUCCUUCUGGUCCUCACCAUGGCUGUGCUGAAUUUGUUCUUUAUGCCGGAAACCUCAUGCUUUUCAAAACCUCAGAAUUCCACCACAGUGGGCCUGAACGACACACAAGAGUUUGCUCGCUUUAACUCUCUCUUCAGUGUGCCAUAUUACAUUUACUGCUGCAUCUUGGGGUUCCUCUCAUGUUCCCUCUUCUUACACAUGAACUUUGAGCUCAAGCUCAUCAUGUUGACCCUCUGCCUCGUCGUCUAUAAUGUGCUGUUCCUCCACACCCACUCGUGGCUCUCCGACUGCUACGUCUCCCGUCUCUACCCCAACCAGACAGCUCUCAGGCCUGGGGUGCUGAAGGACCCCAAGAUGAUGGGAGCAUUCUCGUUCUUCGUCUUCUUCUUCACCCUCUUGGCUCUGGCCAGACAGAAUGAGUAUUACUGUCGUCUAGAUUUCCUCUGGAAAAAGAAGUUCAAGGAAGAACGUGAGGAGAUUGAAACCAUGGAGAACCUCAACCGUGUCUUGCUGGAGAAUGUGCUUCCUGCUGACGUGGCUCAGCAGUUCAUUCGCCAGAAUCGGCGCAACGAGCAGGAUCUUUACCACCAGUCUUACGACUGCGUCUGCGUCCUGUUUGCCUCCAUCCCUGACUUCAAAGAAUUUUACUCUGAAUCAAACGUCAACCGUGAAGGACUCGAAUGCCUCCGGCUACUCAACGAGAUCAUUGCUGACUUCGAUGAGCUGCUCCUGAAGCCCAAGUUCAGUGGGGUGGAGAAGAUUAAAACCAUUGGCAGCACUUACAUGGCGGCCACUGGUUUAAAUGUGGUGGCUGGACAGGAUAAUCAACAGGACACCGAACGGAGCUACACCCACUUGGGAACGAUGGUGGAAUUUGCCUUAGCUUUGGUGGCCAAGCUAGACAUAAUCAACAAGCACUCUUUCAACAGUUUCAAGCUCCGUGUGGGUAUAAACCAUGGACCAGUUGUGGCUGGUGUGAUUGGAGCCCAGAAACCCCAAUAUGAUAUUUGGGGGAACACAGUGAAUGUGGCCAGCCGGAUGGAGAGCACAGGAGUGCUGGGGAAGAUACAGGUCACAGAAGAAACAGCCAAGGCCUUGGAGACACUGGGCUAUGCUUGCUCUCUUCGUGGAGUUAUAAAGGUGAAGGGCAAAGGUCAACUGCGAACAUAUUUUGUCUGUACAGACACGGCUCGGUCUGGUCCCCAAGCACCUAUGCUGAGCUGAGUCUCUCGGAAUGAGACUGGGACAAGUGCCAGACUUUCUUGGGGGAUGAAAUUUGCUGCAGGUGGCUGCGGGCCCUUCCUCCUGCCACUUGGGGGCAGCAAGCGGCUGAAUUUUAACUGACCUCUCUAGUGCUGGGUUUCAUGCAAGCCUUUGCACUCCACACUUGGUUCGUGGGUUCCCACAAAGUCCACGUGUCAUAAAAGGACUGGCUGAAGGCUGAACAGAAGAGACCCCAGGAGUGCAACCUACCCCUAAAAUGACUGCAAGCUAGAAAAACUAGCUCAAGUACAUUUGCCCCUUCUGGGAAAAAGACAAAAACAAACCACCCUACCUCUGCAUUCGCUGCAAGCAAUGUCCCAUUUUCCUUCAUAUUUUCCUGUCGUUACAAAGUCAGAUGAUGCCACUGACCCAUCCAAAAUUCUUCAGGGGUACCUUGGGGGACUGGGUAGGGCUUUAUUCUGGUUCAAUGAGGUAUUGGAAAUUCUAGUCUUCAUUUAACUCUCUCUGGCCUCAUCUUCACUAUAUAUUUAAAGUGCUGUCAUGUCACUUUAAACAGUCAUGGCUUCCCCCAAAGGAAACUGGGAACUGUAGUUCGUUAAGGGUGCUGAGAGUUGUUAAGAGGACUCCUAUUCCCCUUGAAAAUGGACUGCCUUCAAGGCGAUCCCGACUUAUGGGUUUUCAUGGUAAGUGGUAUUCAGAGGGGGUUUCCCAUUGCCUCCCUCUGAGGCUAGUCCUCCCCAGCUGGCUAGGGCCUGCUCAGCUUGCCACAGCUGCACAAGCCAGCCCCUUCCCUGUCCGCAACUGCCAGCUGGGGGGCAACCGGGCUCCUUGGGACUAUGCAGCUUGCCCACGGCUGCACAGGUGGCAGGGCACGUAGCCCCUGAGCCACUCCCUGUGCAGUUAACUGCAAAGGCAGUUAAAUCCACGCGUUAGGCUUUCCCAAAUCCUCAUUUGAGGAACCCCCAGUCCAGUUGUUUGCUCUAAACGGGUGUUGUAGGAAGCCUCCCAUUCCCACAUCCCUUCAGGACGGAUCUCAGCAUUGUGUCCAGAAGCCUGAAGUCUUGCUCACGCUCUCAUGCAGCAGCCAUUCCUACCAUGGCUACUGGGGACCCUGUGGCUUUUGUAUGGGGUCUGGCAGGGCUGGACAUUGGUUAGGAGACCUCUGAACAGUAGGAAUGGGGGAGAAAUUCGAUUCAGUUUGCAUUUAAAGGUGAACAUGCCUAAUCUGCAUUUUGCAAAGUAAUACGCAGCCAUCUUUCAAUAUGUGCACUUCUCUGAAUUUUGGGGUAAGGUCCUCCAGCCAAGUAAUGUGCAUAUACUAGGCUAAGUGUGCAUAAAAAAAUAGACAUUUGGAUGAAAAUUGCAUACACAGAUGCAUUAUAUUAGGGAAAACUGCUUUGCAAAAAUGUACUUAUUAGGCAAAAUUGCAUACAUAUCAGUAGGAGUAUUAGGAUAAAUUUACACCGAUAAAUGUUCAUGAGGACUUUAAAAAAAUCACAAACUGAUGUGGAAAUGUGGAGGACUGAACUUAAACUUGGGAAAAUGAGAAACUGCAAGAACCCGAUAUUGACACAUGCUCCCAUCCCUACUGAAUAGGCAUGUCCCAUAACAGCAGCGGGGAACUUUCUCCCUGUAGACCUAAUUAUGCUCACCAGGCCUCCCCCUUUGGGCCAUGAGACUGUUUCAGAGAAGCCUGACUGAAGCUCAACUGAGGUUGGGAGAUGUCUGAAUAGGUGUUUCUGUCAUGGACUGAGAGAGGUAUGAUUUUGGAAGGCAGCCAAGUCAAUGGUGGCUGAUGACUCCAUGUCAGUGGGGCAGUGGAAUCCGCUCUGGGUUUCCCUUCCAAAUUUCAAAGAGCUGUCGAAGGUGCUGAAGUACUUAAACCUGGAGCAGGUUCCACUGCCCCACGGACAUGAAGCCACCAGCUAUCAUUGCAGCCAGGAUUUUGGUGCCACUACUGGGGUGUAGAUCCAUCAUAGGUGAGGGAUAGAGCUGGUUGCAUGUUGCACCCAUCAGAAGCAUCCGGGGUGUGGGUUGGAGAUCUGAUUCCUUUGGUGUACAAUGCAAGAAACCACUGUUUCCUCCUUCUCUUUCUAGGGCAGCUUCCACCCUGCCCAGUCCGUUCCCAUUUCCUUGCUGAUUGUGGUGUGUUUACAGCCCUCCUUGUCACAUGCUAGUCCCUAGAACAGCCUUUCCCAACCAGUGUGCCUCCAGAUGUUGUUGGACUACAACUCCCAUCAGCCUCAGCCAGCAUUGCCAAUGGUCAGGAAAGAUGGGAAUUGUGGUCCAACAACAUCUGGAGGCACGCUGGUUGGGAAAGGCUGCCCUAGAAGGUUCAAAAGCAAACUUCUCAUGGUGGAGGAGGCAGAGUUGUGAAGGAGAUUUGCUUUCCCCUUUUUGUGCAUGGUGUGAAUUCUCACCUGGGUCAGUUUUGGGGGGGGGGGAGAGAGAGAGAAGGAAGCAUGCCGAACAAGGCUUUAGGCUUAAGCCCUGGCAGAAGAUUUUUUUAACAAGAGAAUGGAGUCAAAAAAACUUUUUCCUGAAACCUGGGAUACUGCGGUGGCCAAUCAGAUCAGAGGACCAUAAUUCAACUCUCACCUCCACCCUCCAGUCAUUUUACUCGUUAAAAAGCCCAUACCCGGAUCACGCUUUGAGCCAAACGUGAACUGUUUUUGAGAUGUGCCACAUCGUGCAUGUUGCUGUAAGUGUUGCACUGAAUGCAGUAUGUGUAAAUCAGGGAUGGGGAAGCCUCUAGUCCACAAGCCAAAUAUGGUCCUCCUGGCCUCUCCAUCUGGCCCUUGGGACUUUCCUUAGGCCACACCUCUCACUAGUCCUGCUCUACACCUUCCUUGAGUGCUUUUAUUUGGCUGGACUAUGUCCUUGAAUUGGUGAUAAUGCCUCUUGCUUUCUUAGACAGAAAGAGAGAUUUAGGGAAUGGGGGUUUAGAAACCUCUUGGCUUUUCUGUGGCUGAAAUUUAGUGUACUCUACAAGGGUAAGAUUCUCAUCCAUUGCUCCACCCAUUUUUGCUUCUGGCCCUACCCACCACUGGUAUGUGGCCCCCAGAAGGUUACCCAUGAAGGAGUGUGGCCCUCAAGCUGACAAAGGUUCCUCGCCUCUGGUGAAAACACCAGAAUCCUCUUGGCUGAAACCCCUCUGACAAAACCAGAGCGUCACACAAAUCCAAAGGCAUGUCUGAGGAUCCUCUGUGAGGUUGCAAGGGAUUGUGGGAUGCAGUUUCAAAAUCCAGUGGAUGACUCAUCAGGCUACCUGUACAGGUGCCUUGCCAGGAUAAAAGCUGCUCCCUUUCUGCUUGCAAGGAGGAAGAGAUGCAAGAGGGUUCCCUUUGGAAUCAAAGCUGGCAUGUUUAAAUUCUUGCAGGAAUAAACAGUGUUAUCUAUUUUUAUUUGUAAAAAAUGAUGUCUCUUUAGUAUUUCUUUUGUUGCUUUUGUUAUGCUUUGUUAAAAAAAGAGACACUUUCAAAGUUCUAUACUUUUGCCCUGAGGUAAACUGAUACUUUGGAUGCUAAUUUUGGAUCCUGCCAGCUAGAGUGAUCAUAAUUUAGUGGUGAAAAGUAUGGGAGAAAUUUCUUGGUCAAGAAAAAGCUGGAGAUCUAGUUAGGUUGUUAUUGAAUUCACAAAAUGUAGGGCCAGGGCACCCUAGAGUGCUGUAGGAUAACCUCAAGAAUGUUAAGGGAAGUCACUGAAUGAAAGGCUGCUGUGAAGCAGAAGCACAAAUCUAUGCAGGAGGCUGCCCACUGUCUCUGGAUGAGUGACUGCACUGGGCUUCUCUUCUUCCAAUCAGCCUCUGCUAGAGAAUAUGAUUAUGCCUCAGUAUGAAUGAAACAUCUAGUCCCUUGUUAUGCAAAUUCUAGCAGAAAUAUCCAAACAUAGAGGAGGUUCUCUGUUGAAACUCUGCAUGUGUGUGACUCAUGUAGGAGCAUGGGAGGGGGCAUCUCUUUAAUUCUUUUUCAGAUUCUAAAACCUUCUGUUUAAGAAUAUUUUUAAAUGCCUCCAAUUUUAAUUUGGGGCUGGGUGGGGUGGAGCGGAGAAGACUGGAAAGGGCUUUGAGGUAGGUGUUGCGGUAAGCUACCUUUUGAAGACACUAAAGGGAGCUGUUGUCACCUUUAGUUCAGACCAUGUGUAGAUAGGUUUAUUAUUUUUCCUUUUUAACCCCCUUUCCUCCUCUGCCACAGUUUAUCACUUCAGAACAGAUUACUACCCUCCUUCUCAAAAAGAGUGCAUAAUAUCCAUUCAUAAAGAUCACAAGUCCCUGUAUCUUAUUUUAUUUUUCACACCAUUUAAUCUCAGCUCUCCCCUUCUUCUCAGCUCAGGCCAGCAAACUGAAUGCUGAUUCUGUCAUCCAUCUUCCUAGUCUCUGCCCAACCCACCUCACACCAAGGUUUCUUAAACUAUAAAGUGGCAUAUGGUUCUUCAUUUAGUUGCAUUGCACAUGGAGAUAUCAUCCCUUUAAACAUUGAAACACUGCUUCAGGGAUAAAGGGGGAAGUGGCCAGUGACCUCACCUGUUCUAGCUAAUCAGCACUGUACACCAGGAAAUAGGAGGG